CUUUAUGUGGUAUAGAUAUGCUACUAUUAUGACAGUGCUUGUCAUGAAUGGGUCGUGAUGAGAUAUAUAUCUCAAGGACAUCUUUCCAUUGGCUAUAUGAAUUAAGAUGAAUCCCUGGAGGAUUCGCCAAGCUGAGCAGAUAAACGCUCCAGCACACGGAACGCUCCAGCACACGGAACGCUCCAGCACACGGAACGCCCCAGCUAGGGAGCACGGCUUGCUAGCCCAUCAGAAUUGGCUCAUGGGUCUCUCCUCGGUCCCUACCUCUUUCUUUGUUCGGCGCCGAGUCACAGGCUUGGACCUCAUCAUUCUUUUCUACAACCAUUUCCUUUGUUUUAUUUUCAUGUUGUAAUGAUAUUGAUACGACUAUUAUUACUACUAUUAUAUAGCAAUAUUAUCAAUACAUCCCUCACAAAAAUUAAAAUCAACCCCGAAGCG